AUGAAACAGAGCCAACAAGUAGCUUCAGAAUGCAAUGAAAAUUAUAUGGAAGUUACGUACGAUUUAGCUAUCGCCAAAAUCGCAUUGCAGAUUCAAAGUAUGGAAAAACCACGAUUCGAUAACUUAUUCAUUCAUUUUGGAUCAUUUCACAUCAUGAUGGCAUAUUUUAAAGCAGUAGGAAAGUUUAUCGACGGUUGCGGAAUUACGAAUGUGAUGUUGAAUAGCGAGAUUCUUGCGAGCGGCUCCAUAAAUAGUUUUAUAACUGGUAAACACUUCAACAGGUGCAAACGGUUACAUACUCUUUUGUCUUUGGCUCUCCAAACUCUCCAUUUUGAAAAAUUCGCUAAUGAUCGGAGCAUAGAAAUAACUGAUGAAAUGAAGAAAUACUUGUCAGAUUUCAUGACAGAAAAAUCAGUCAAUCCAACGGUUACGCGAGAAGAUUUAGUUGAUUGUUUUGAAAAAUAUGAAGAGUAUAAACAACAAACACUCAAUGGAAAGUAUGGAAAAACUUCGCAAUUUUAUAUGAUUUAUAUAAAUUUGAUUGAACAUUAUUUUAUGCUAUGCAGAAGUAUUCGAACAGCCAACCUCGAUCUUUUUAGAUUUGUUUUACCUAAAAUUGCAAAUCUCUUUUUCACUUUCAAUCAACCAAAUUAUUCACGUUAUACCGUGAUAUAUCACGAUAAAUUGAUGAAAGUUCACGAAACUCACCCAGGGUUGCAGUUGCAACUCGCAAGGGGAUCGUUUGGAGUUAGAAGAACGGACAAAUCCUUCUCCAGACAGCCUAUCGAUUUGACGUUAGAGCAAACCAUAAAUGCAGAUGCUGCAAAUAAAUUGACCGGAAUAAUGCAUACUACGAAUUCAAUUUCGGCUCGUCAACGUUGGUGCAAAAGCCACAGCAUUCGCUCAACAAUUAUCAGCCAUAUUAUGGAGCAAACAGGAUUGAAAAAGUCUCAAGACAUUACUGCUGACCUGGAGAAGAGUAGAAUAAAAAGAAAUUCGCUACAGCUCGAAAAUGUUGUUUCUAACAUCAAACAAAACAUCAAUCCCUUUUCAAAUGAUUUAGACAAAAGUUUGUUGUAUAAUAUUUCAACAGGUCAAGCAAUACAACCGAACAUUGAACAAUUUUUGCUGAAUGUAGAGAAUCUUGGAAAUGAGUUGCGAGAACAAUUUAUAAAAGAAUGUUCUGAAGAUGCAGAAAGAUUUGAAAAGGCGAUAAAAAGGAACAAAAUUUUGACCUUCGUGGAUGCAGUGCCGAAGAAAAAAUUAGCCAUUUCUGGUAAAUUAAUAGAAGUUCGCAUGCAACGCGACUUAUUUGCACAGUUGCUUUUAAUUUCUCUGGAGCAAACGUUAAACAUUGAUAAAGUUCUGUCGUAUCCACUAACACCAGUUCCCUUAGCUAUGUGCCAUGCAGAUGGGAUAAUUUGUAAAACGGAUAAAUCAGUUUUAUUAAAAAUACUCGAAAAAGAAACUGACAGCAACACACCACAAAGAUGCGACGUACUUAUUUAUGAUGGCUUUUUUAUGCUCCAUGCAUUUCAAGACGUUCCAUCUACAUUUGGGAAUAUUUCAAAGAAACUAAUACAAAUGUUCACGAAUAAUCAUGCGCGCAUUAUUAUAGUUGCAUUUGAUCGUUAUUUUUCGCCAUCGAUUAAAGAUAUCGAGCAUUUGUUAAGAGGCAGGGUUAGAGGUCAACAGUACCGUAUAAAUGGGCCCGAUCAAGUACGCCCAGCUAAUUUUGCGAACGAAUUGAAAAAGAUGUAUUUCAAAGCAGCCCUAGUGGAAUUUCUUUGUGACCACUGGGGAAAUAAUUAUAUGGCGAGCUACAUAGGCAAUAAGACAAUUUAUAUCAACUACGAGUUUUGUUAUAAAUAUGAAGUACAGAAUAAUGAAGUUCUACGAACCCUCGAUCACAAUUUAUCUUGUCCGGCUCACGAAGAAGCUGAUACGAAAAUUGUAUUUCACGUUUGUGCGUUAGAUUUCGAUGCUCACGUUACGAUAAGAUGCUCAGACACGGAUAUUUUCGUGAUAAUGCUCGGCAAUAUGAAUGCGAUUGCCAACGAUAUGAAAAUAACUAUGCACAUUGGUUCCGGAAAUUCCCAAAGAUUCGUUAAUAUCACGAAGUUAUAUGAAAAAUUGGGAACCGAUUUGUGCUCUGCGUUGCCAGGUUUUCAUGCCCUCACAGGCUGUGAUUUUAAUCCCGCAUUUUAUAGGAAAGGGAAAAAAAAGCCUUUACAAUUGUUGCGAGAAUCACAGGCGUAUAUGCAAGCGUUGGGGGAUAUCGCGAAUAUUCCGAGUCGUGAAUUAGACGAGGUCUUCAUAACGAUUGAAGAAUUUGUUUGCCGCUUGUACGGGUAUAAAUCGAUAAACGAUGUCAACGCUACACGCGUUGCUACCUUCGCGAAAAAUUAUCAAAUUAAUGAGAAAAACGACGUGCUCAAGUGGAAAAGCCGUAUUGACGGGGCGAUCUUCCCGCCAUGUAAAUCCGAGCUACGCCAGCAUUUACUGCGCACGUCAUACAUAGCGCACAUUUGGAGCCAUGCUCACCUUCAAGAUCCAUCUCAAUUAUCUCCCACGGACUGGGGAUGGGAAGAAAACGACGACAAAUAUGUCUUCAAAUGGUUCGAAGGAGAUCAAGUACCCCUGUCAGUCACCAGUAUAACGGAUAGCAGCGAAAAUAUUGGCGAUGACGGUGAAGAGAAUCGAGGUCAAGAACUCGAUCAAGACGAAGAGAACGAUGUCCUGCAGGACAGUUCGGCCGAUGAUUCGUCAGACAACGAUGAUGAUAGCGAUACCAACGAAUAA